AUGAUUUUCUUCGCUGCCGCCAUCCUGAUUCAACCUAGGCUUUUACUGGCUCCUCAAGGCGUGGAAGAGCGGGUUCCUGAUGACCUACAUUAUAACACUAUAGACAGCCACAGGAUAGCAACGCAACGCUGGAAUGAAUUUGUAUCGAUUGGUCAAAAAAUCGAUCAUAGCAAAAACAGACUUCUCUACUGCAUUGCAGGGCAGUUCUUGUUUGAAAUGAUCCCCCAUCUCUCCUCAGACGUUGAGAGCAGCUUCCCCAUUUCUCAUCCAGAUCUACAUGUUGGCAACAUCUAUGUCGACGAUGACCUCAACAUCACAUGUAUUAUUGACUGGAGUUCGGCGUCAACAGGUCCCAUUGCUGAGCUGCUCGCGACCCCGGGACUAGGGGGCUCAGCCAGACCACCUUCGGAUUCCCUCACUGCUGCUUUUCGGUCUGGUUUUGGCCGACGAGCCACGAAACUAAGCCCCGAACUCUGUAACCCAAAGCUUUGGCAGACAUCGGAUAAUAUGUGGUACUUUUCUCGAUUAGUUCGGUUGCUUUCUAGAAAUGACUAUGAGCAUUUUCGCCGAUUGUUCGAGCUAGUUCAAAAACCGAGCGCUGAGAAAACGGGGAUUCUCUACUUGUUUCAUGAACGAGCCAACAGUGACGAGAAUAAGAAGCUGCUUGCCAAGCUACAGGAGGACGACAUGACCACAGAAGAAGUGCUGGAACAGGAACGAAUGGCGAUAUCUUCUACUAGACGUGCAAAUUCUGACGCCAUUGCUAUAGCGAGAAAGCUGACGCUGAUGUCGGAGAUGAAUCCAGGUUUCCUUGCUAACCACGUAUUAUGGCGAUGGGUUGAAGAAGCACUCAGGCAGGAUGGUCUUCCAUAG